AUGGGUGAUCCUCAAGCUUUAACAGGAUCACCUCCUUUUCCCAGUCUUACGUCCAACAUCGAUACGACUAAUCAAGUAUUUCUGAUGCUUUUCUUCGCUGUGGUUAUAUGCUUCACAUUCACAUUUGUCAUUGCCCUCAUUCAGACCACGCUCAGCAUGUUGGUUUGCUAUCUCUCAUCAUGUACGCGUAACCACGACAUGAAUGAUCAUGAAGCAGGAGACACAAGUAACGAUCCUGCUUCAUCUCAGCAAGAUGCAGAAUCUCCAGCUCCAGUCAGGAACAUUACAUUGUUGCAAAUACUCUUGGUGGAAGUAUUGGAUAGACGUAGGGUGGAGUCGGAGGAGGUCCGAGGACAACAGCAAAAUCUACGAAACCUGGAUUUACUGCCUCCGGCUAUAAAUUACAGACGCCAGGACAUAACAUCAAGUCACAGUGAAAUUGAAUGCGCCAUCUGCUUGGAGGAAUUCAUAGAUGGGGAGUCAUGUCGGGUUUUUCAUGCGUGCAAGCAUCUCUUCCACUCCGCUUGUAUUGACAAUUGGCUCAGGCUCAAUCCGAGUUGCCCCAUCUGUCGCAACUAUUUAAUCGAUGCAUGA